ACACGUGACGGGGCGGUAUAUAAGCGGGGUUGGCGGCGGCGUGCGGCUCUCGGCGACUCCAGUCAGUCAGCGGCAGCAGCAAGAUGGACAACUUCGAGCUAGACAGCGCGCUGGAGGACGCCUCGCUACCGUCGCGCACCUUCCUCUUCGGCUGCGAGCUGAAGUUGAGUCAGAAGGAGUUCAAGAUGGACGUGGCCGACGACAGCGCAGAACAUCAGCUUUCCCUGAGGACGGUUUGUCUUGGUGCUGAUGCAAGUGAUGAUCUGCACUUGGUAGAAGCUGAAGGGUUGAAUUUUGAAGGCAAGAACACAAAGAUCACAUUGGCUGCUUUGAAGUUAUCUGUGCAGCCAACAGUUAGCUUGGGAGGAUUUGAAAUUGAGCCACCUGUGACAUUCAGACUGAAAUCUGGUACUGGUCCUGUGUACAUCAGUGGACAACAUCUUAUAGCUGAUUUUGAAUCUGAGGAAGAGGAUGAUAGCGUGUUGGAGAAUGCUGUAUCAAAGCAGGCAGUAAAACGAGGAGCUCCAGGGGUAUCAAAAAUGAUGCAGAAAAAAAUGAAGAUGGAGGUUGAGGAUGACGAUGAUGAUGAGGAGGAUGAUGAUGAUGAAGAUGAUGAAGACGAUGAUGAUGAGGAGGAGGAGGAGAAGGAAGAGGUGGCAGUAGUGACUCCUUCAAAAAAGAAAACUCCACUUAAAGGUACCCCUGGACCGAAAGGGGCAGGACCCAAGGGGGCUUCCAACCAAAAUGGCAAGACGCCUACCAAAUCCACACCAGCUAAGCAGCAAUCAAAAGCUCCAGAAUCAACAAAAAAAACCGGCAAUAAGCCUCAGACGCCCAAGACUCCAAGAGUUUCCAUGUCUGUUGAAGACAUAAAGGCUAAAUUGAAGACUUCAGUAGAACGAGGUUCCGGACUGCCUAAACUGGAGGCAAAGUUCUCCAACUAUAUUAAACACGGUUUCAGAAUAGAUGACCCAGAGAUCAUCAAGGAACUUUGGGCAUGGAGACAAAAUGCGAAUGUGAAAUGAACAACUGCUAAUAGCGAGCAGUUUUCAACAUUUCAGUAAAAAUUUAUAUUCUGUUUGUGCAUCUGUUUCAUGUCAAUAAAUAAAUGAUUCUUUUACAACAA